AUGCCCGACCAGCCCCCAACCCAAAGCACACAAGAAGACCACCAAAAACAAGAAGCUCUCGCCGCCUUCACUGCGACUCUCCACUCCGUCGGCACGAAUCUUGAAACUCCACUGCGCGAUCGCGCGGCUACGAUCGCGGCCAGCGAUGUCGCGCUGCGGCGGCAAGAGGCCGAGUUGGCGGAGCACACGGCGCGGUUGGCGAGGCAGAAUGCGCAGUGGGCGGGGUGGGCGGAUGAGACGAGGGAGGGGUUGAAGGAGAUUGGGGAUGUGCAGAAUUGGGCGGAGAUGAUUGAGAGGGAUUUGUUGGUUUUGGAGGAGAUGAUGGAUGGGGUUGAGAGGAGGGAUGACGAAGAGGAGGAGGAGGGAGAUGCAGAGGGAGAGGGAGAUGGAGAUGGAGAAGGGGGCAGAGAGGCGAGGCGGAUUAGGGAAGAGGAUGGAGAGAUGCGGAAUGGGGAUGUACUGGUGAAUGAGAAUGGAAAUGAGAAUGGAAGUCAAGGAAAAGGGAAGGAGGUGAAUGGGAGGGAGUCGAAGGGUUGGUUGAGGUGGUGGUGA